AUGGCGCUGAAUCAGAGUUUGGUCGAGAGUUUCCACAGCGACUUCGCCUCCGACCCGGAAAUCCGGAAGCUGAUCGAGUUCCGACUGAAGCGUGAGGAAUCUUUUGAUACUUUUGCAAAGGAGGACCAGCAGUUGGCCACCGAAUUCUUUGAGGCACGCCGGAAAUUGACCAACAAAGAAGUGCAGUUACAUGCCGGGCAGCGGACAGUUGAGGAGCUCGAGAUUCUGAAAGCCAAGAAAUUCUCGACAACCCACGAGCUCGACAUUGCCGCCCACAUCGAGCGCGAGGAGCUGAAGGACAAGCUGCGCCGCGCGAGGAUUAGUCUUGGAGAGGACCUAGCCGACUUCAACCGCGCCAAGAACGAGGUGCUCCGCGCAAUGCAAAAGAGAACCGCGAUCCGGAAACAGCUCAAUGACUUCAUCACCGCCACCAUGAUGCCCGAACCCGAAAAGACACAAGAAGCCCAAUCU